CUUCUGAAGUCCACCACCAGCUCCUUGGUCUUCACCACUGAUCCCAGUUUUUGCCAUUUGUGGAUAACGGCUUGCAAUCUGGCUAUUAGUCUUUCCAGACUAAUAGAUAUAAAUAACAUUGUUUCUCAUUUGUUCUUUAGAUCGUGGUAUGAUGUGUUGCGUUUAUAGAUCUUUUAGCUUACUUCAUAUUAUCAGACAGGUUCAGAUUAAGUGAUUUCUUGAUUCAACAGUAUUUGAAAUAAUUACACCUGUGUCUCUAUUGAAAUUGAGCUCAGCUUUCCAAACAAUAUGGUUAAUUAUUGUUAAAUAAUGACUUAACUCUGAAUUGAAUCAUCAUGUAAAAAAUGCAUUUUGUUUUUAUUCCGGUUAUCUUUGUCUAUUGUUGUUAUUUGUUGAUCAUCUGUAAGUGUGAUGAAUAUUAAAAAAAGAAAUCAAGAAGGGGGGAGUGCUUUUUCAUGACACUGCCACACUGUUGACAGGCAAUGCGUCAGUUCUAACCCAAACCCUGUUAUCAGGAUGAAUACCCUGGUCCGUGUCCUGCUUGCACUUUGUUUGUUUUCUCCACUUGCUGAUUUGCUUUAUUUUUCAAGGUCCUUUUCCUGUCGAUUAGGGUUAGGAAAAUACUGUUUUUCAAGUUGAAAUAUGCCCUCUCACAAUAGUAACCUUGCUUGUAGGAGUUUUCCGUUACACCCACAUAUCACUAAUGUCAUCACCCAGUGCGUAAGGGUCCGGAAGCUAAAGGACACCUUGUUCCUAAAUGAGCCAUGUGAGCUUAUUUAGUAAAACAGAACUAAAAGCCUGGGGAUGAGAAUGAGCUGAAUUGAUGCAUAAAAAUCUAGAGCUGUAAUUAGCCUGAAACAUGCAAAUCAAAGACCAGCAAGUGGGCUGUAAGCCAGCUAAAUAACAGGCUUCAGUAUUCUAUUGCAGUGCUUCUCAAAGCAUGGAGGCAUGGAGACACUGCAGGUUGGGCACACAUGCAGGUGGAAGUGCAUCACCUUGGGAACUCUUACAGUUUGGUUUUCUGUUACUUUUUGUUCUCACUAGCUUUUUACUUUUACUUUUGUGGUUACUCUCAUAAAUCGUGUUUUUAAAAAAAAAAAAAAAGCUUAAAAUUGCUCACUUCACAGUAACUCUGUUUGGAAAUGAAAGCCACUUCAGUAACCCAACCUGCCAUUACCCAGUGCCACAGGACAGGACACUUUGUACCUAAAUGAGUCACAAAUUUAAUAAAAUACCACUAAAUGGUGCCUGGGGAAUGAGAACGAGGUGUAUCGAUAUAACGCGCAAUAAAUCUCUAAUUAGCCUAAGGUUUGCACGUCAAAAACCAGAAAACAGACCAAAAUGUCAGUUAAAUAACAAGUUCACUUCUCAAACUGUGGGUCUUGGAGCCACUGUAGGUGAGACAGGGAGAUGCCAAGUGAGGCUUUGGAACUGGAACAUGCCAAAAAAAAAAAAAGAGAGCAUGAGAAGCAUGCAGUGGGGCAUUUGUAAAGCAUCAAGAAAACGGUACCCAUGCUUUUGAAUGUUGCACCGAAAAUUAAUUUGUUCAGUUGUAUGUUUGCAUGUGCCUAUCUUUUUCCACCCUCUUGACCAUUUCACUCUUGAAAAAAAAAAAAAGAAAAAAAAGAAUUGUCUCAGAAAGGUUAAACACAGAACAUAAUUUUAAAAAAUGAAGAAUUUGCAGCACCAACAGCCAAUUCUUGAACUCUUGCUAGUCACGGAUGGAAACGGGAAUAGUUUGAGCUUUCCAUAAUGAGUUUUGCAAAUUUUUGUAGCAAUCACUCCCGCUUUGAGCUUGUUAGGGUUAGGGAGGAGCCUGUAUGGACCAAAGAAAUGAUAAUAACAGCUAAGGAGUAUUUCAGUACACAUAUGGGCAUAUGAUAUGUCAGUAGGUCAUUAGAGUAUUUGGUCAGGCAGCAGAUCUGUGUGCACUAUUACACACCAAAGGGCAAAAGCUGCUGUCAUAAACUCUGCAGGACCUCUGUGCUGGCACUGUGAGGGCCCACCUGUGCAAAAGCCCUGAAGCCACAUCAAAGUAAGCCCUCCGCUGUAAAACUUCAAAUAUGUUUUCAUCAAUCCUUUCAGUAUGCCACAUGUUUACAUUUGCCACACAUAAGCACACACGCUAGAUGCAGACAGGCGCAACACAGCUGAAGACAUUUCAGACAUUCUUUUGGCUAGCAGGAUCUUAAAGACUCUGCCGCACUUGGAAUCACACACCCGCAGUGAUAAAAGUUCACUACUUGUUUAUGUUUGUUUUACUGGAAUGAGUGCACUUUUUUUUUCUUUUUCUUUUUUUUUAAACCACGCAUUUGUUUAAUUGAGGUCUUAUUUCAAAAAUAAAAUUUCUAGUGUUCCUUGCAGUAGGAACUAUCUGCAUAUAGUGCAGUGGUGGUUUUAACUCAGGAAUACUUCAUGUUUUUCAAGAAGUAUAAAACAUAAACAAGCUCAUUCGGGGCAAAUGAGCUUGUUUAUGUUUUUUGACUUUGGGGCAAAUCCAGGUUAAACGUUUCUUGUAUUUGAGUAUGCAUGCUAUAAACCAGUCCGGUUUGCCUCACUACAGUACAUACAUAUUACGGGAAAAGAAUGGGAGUUUUUUUCUUCUUCAAGAAAUAUAAAAAUACUCAUUUUAUUCAAAUAGCUUUAGUACGGUCAGAAUCUUAAGGAGAACCUACAACAAAAGUCACAUUAUUGACAUGCAUGAAAUUUAGAAGUAAUUAGUUUAUUUUGAUCCCUCAGAAGCAGCAGGGUUACUGUAACACUAGUCACUGCCUUGACUUAUAAUAAGGGAUUACUUGGAAUCCAGCUCAUUUCAGGAGAGGGACCUCCCUGUAUCAGACAGUUCCUUUGAACGAAGUUGCACAGCAGAGUCUGUGUGUGAUGAACCAAUCCUGCUGGAAGGAUCUGUAAACCCAUUCACCUCUUUCAGUCUGGCUGCUGAAGACAGUAUGCCACAUCUGGUCCCUGCGGUCUCCACGUCUCUGUGACUGGUGGACGAGCACCUCCCAGCAGCUACUAUUUAGCUGUUCUCAUGAGUUUUUUUUUUUUGUUUGUUUUGUUUUUUUGUAACCUGGAACUUAUUUUUUAUUGCAAAUAAUUUCACUUUGUUUUUCUUAUGAACUUUUUACAGCCUUCUAUAGAAAGUGGUAUAGGUUACAAAUCUUUUCACAAAUCAGCAGCAGAGCCAAAAUAAAUCAAGCAAUUUGAUAAAUCGGGAAAUAGCACAAAGGUUUUAAACCUUUUAUCUGUUUAAUGUGCAGGAAGAAUUGUCCAUGCUUUUACUUCUGGAUGUGCAGCUCAAAGGAUUAUCAGGUUUAAGCACAGCUGUCUAAAAACUGCAAUGUCAUCAAAAAUGCAGAGCUCCAGUAGCAUAGUUCAGGCCAGACGGACGGUGCAGCAGCUGAGGAUAGAAGCCAGCAUUGAGAGGAUAAAGGUGUCCAAGGCUUCAUCGGAGCUGAUGCGCUACUGUGGAGAGCACGCCAAGAAUGACCCGCUGCUAAUGGGUAUCCCUGCUUCAGAAAACCCUUUCAAGGACAAGAAGCCUUGCACAGUUUUGUAGGGAAACACCUGAACUCUUGCUUUUGAUGCUAAAUCCUAUGUGUAAAAGCUCUGCUCACAACUUGCCUUAAGGCCAGUAUACCCCUUAACUUUUUCACAUGCCUGCUUGAGUUUGAUAAGGAAUGUAGUCCUCUCUGCCUUUUAGUCAAAUAGCUGUGACACCAAAGAACGGGCAGAAGGCUGAAGCCGUUGCCUCUGAUCAAAGCUGCGGCUCUAACAAAGAUGAUUAAAAGUGUUGGCUUUUGUUUGUCUGCACUGUAAUCUGACAGGAUCUGGAAGGCCACAGACCUCAGCCUGAAAGGAGCUGAGAGUUGGGAGAGUUGAUGACUGUAAUUAUGACAGCACGUAUAAACAAGCCCCCUUCAAGUCAUUGGUCUAAUCAGAUUUAGGCUUUGGGUUUUCACUUCUUGCUUUCAUCAGGAAACGGUUUUUAUUCUGUUCAGAAUGAGACGAUUAACAAGAUAAUGAUAUCCUGUCAGAUGAGUUAACUGUCCAAACUCUAAUGGACCUGCAUUUCCGGGAUAAACAGAAAGGGAGGUCCAUAACCACUGAUGUACUUUUUAUUGUCACGCAUUUUGACUCAGAAGAAAUGGUCUAAAAUCAUCAAAGGAGACCCAUUAUGAUCAUUUCCAGCUCCGCAUUUUAUCCUUAGACUCUACUACAGUAGUUUUAUAUGAUUUUACAAUUUAAAAUAUUCCUUAGUUUUUGUGCCUUCUACUUUACUUCCUAUUCCCCUCCUCUUAUGUCACGUUUAAUCUGAUUGGCUGCCUCUCACAAGUAGGUGGGGCUUCUGCACCAUACCUUAUUGCCCAAGAGAGGGGGGGACUGCCUGAAGCUGGGCUUAGAGCAGUCUGAAGGCUGAGCUUUUAGAUCAUAGGGAUUACUCGAUCAUACGUGUCUCUUAUAUCUAACCUUGUAUAACCUUUCCAGAGAUGCAAAGAGUUUGUUCAAAUAUAAUUCAGAUUUUGAUUUUUUUAGACAUUUCAAAAAAUGAUGUGGUGCACUUGUACAGUGCAGUGCCAAUAUUUCAGGAUGAACUGAUGCUUAAUUUUGCUGUAAGCUUGCUGUUUUUGCAACUUUGGUUGUAUUCAGCGGAGAGCGAUAAAAGAACACGAACAUGAUAUCUGUAAGUCUUACGAUGCAGGUACUUGGAGGAUGACACUCUUAAAUGGAGUAAACCUUAACCUUGCCAUGAAGCCGUUACUGUAGAAGAAAAAUAUUUACAGUAAUCAGACUCAUCAGAUCUAGUUUCGCUGCUUCUGUCUGCAGACCUGAGGCUUCUUGUUUGUACACUUCAGGCACUGUGAAACCAAUGAACACCAAAUGACUGUUAUGAGUUUGAAACAUUUCAUGUUUACAGCUCAAACUUCCUUUGAUUAUAUCAUGUUGACAUAGCUGUAACUUUAUGUCAUUUGUGAGCUAUACUCUUGCUAAAACAUGAGCAACUACUUUUGUAAUUUUACCAGCCAGGGCCUUAAUAAUGAAGUUAAUCCUACUUUAACCUCUUGACUACCUUUAAGUCACAUAAGUGCUGUUGUCUAAAACUGUGAAUUAUAAGAUUCUUUAGGUGAAUUAAGAGAUAUAUGGGGUAUAUCUUACUAAAGGCUUGUAACACUGUGCCCAUGUACCAGAGUGUGCUUGCUUGUAAAUGUUCUUUUCAGGUUUCAGUCAAACCUUAACAUUUGACUUUCUAUUUUGUUUCAUGAUUUCAAUGUUUGGGAUUAAAAAGUGUUACGUGUUGCUUUGUUAACGAUACAUUUGGUUGAUUUUGAUCAGUCUGUAUGGAUUUAUGUUUUUAUUGAUAAGUCUGUGGUUUCUCACACGUGGUCAAUAACAGCUUACUGUCAUAUUCAAACCUUUGCCUGUUGUUGCAUAUAUUCAAUGCAAAUAAAUAUGGAAAACAAGUUAAA